UGAUCAGUAUUGCAAACAGGAAUUAUAUAUUUACAUAUGAAGACAAACUUAUUUCGAAAGGACACGAUAGGAGUAUAUUCGCUGUACGCAAAUCUUCACUUUACAUCCGGAAUAGCUACCAAUGCAACACAUCCGUUGUUGAUAGGAAGAUACCAAGAUGCAACUCAACCAGUUGAUGAUAGGGUAAAAAACAUUUAUAUGCCAUCACGAGUUCAAGUCGGUAAAGGGAUGAUACACCAACUUAUUCCGAAAAAUGGCUUUUUGAGAGAAUAUCUUGAUCCUAGCAUAGCAACGUUUCAUCAUUUCCGAGAAUGCAAGACAAAAACGUCAUUUGCUGUGUCGGCAUAUUCAAAUGGAUCUACAAAACUAAUCAGGAUUAGAUGUGACUCAUUAAUGAAGUAUAACUCUACAGCUAUACAGCAACUACUCAAUCUGAAAAUUAUACUUACAAACAUUUUAAAUGUAUUUAGAACUCUAAAAAUCUAAGUGAUAAACAUCUUCGGUUUCGAUAGUUUCAAAAUACGCACAAAACAUUUGAAAACGCACAACCAUGGUUUUUCUCCGUUUUCGUAGAAUCAGCAAAACAAAUUUUCAAAAACACUAAUUCGGAUUAAGACGUUUUAGAAGAUAUAUUAAAGCUUUUAGAGU